GUAGGUCUUGGUGAUUCGUGGGGUAGCCGCAACAUCUCGACUCUAGAUCACAUGACCAGGGAACUAGGCGCACAUCUUUUGCAGACCCUUGAUGGUUUUAUCUUUGUCGUCGCUCCCGAUGGAAAGAUCAUCUACAUCUCCGAAACUGCAUCCGUCCAUCUUGGUUUAUCACAGGUGGAGCUGACGGGUAAUAGUAUUUAUGAAUACAUUCAUCCCGCUGAUCACGAUGAAAUGACUGCUUUGCUCACCGCUCACCAACCAUACCAUACACACCUACUUACAGAUUAUGAGCUAGAGCGUCAGUUUUUCUUGAGAAUGAAGUGCGUGCUGGCCAAGCGAAACGCUGGAUUAACAUCGGGCGGUUACAAGGUUAUCCAUUGCCAUGGUUACUUGAAGAUCAAGCAGUAUACCAUGGACAUCGCCCCCUACGACGGAUGUUAUCAGAAUGUAGGUCUGGUGGCCAUAGGACAUUCGCUACCUCCAAGCUCACUGACCGAGGUCAAACUCUAUAACAACAUGUUCAUGUUCAGGGCUAGUCUCGAUAUGAAGCUCAUCUUUCUCGAUGGAAAAGUUGCAGUUCUGACAGGGUACGAACCACAGGACCUGAUUGAAAAGACAAUCUAUCAUUUUGUACAUCCAAUGGACAUCAUGCAUAUACGAUAUGCUCACCAUACAUUACUGUUAAAAGGGCAGGCGACUACCCGGUACUUCCGAUUCUUAUCCAAGCACGGUGGAUGGGUCUGGAUGCAGAGUGCGGCCACCAUCGUUCACAAUAGCCGCUCCUCUAGACCACAUUGUAUCGUCAGCGUCAAUACUGUACUAAGCAAAAUGGAAGAAAAAGAGCUCAUUCUUCAAUUCGAUCAGCUCCAAGCCAAAACAGAGUCGAAUUUCUCAGCCGUCGAGGAAAAGACCAGGCCCAGCAAAAGCAAGAAGAAGAGCAAAUCAUCCAAGUACCAGCCGUACCAAGUCCAGACACCUACCCAGAGCUUGCUCUAUCAGGAUGCUAUGACGGCAGCAGCAGCGGCGAGUGAGUACACUCAGGCCAGGACUUACGGCCAGUAUGCAACAGCUUGUGAGGUUCCCGUCCCUACUCCGCAGCUGACGGCAGCGUAUCAGGAAGGGUUGGACCGAUACAACGCGAUGUAUUCAGCGAGUUACGCAGCAGGCUACCAGCACAACGUGUACACUGAUGGAACGUACGCACCGUACGCGAAUUCGUACGCGUACCCGACUGCCGAGGCGUACGCGCACUGCGUGAAUGACAGGAUCUCGUCGUAUCGUGGACAUUAUAGUGAUGAUCGGUAUUACGGGUCGACGGACGCGAGGAGUUAUUUCACGUGGUCGGCUGCGCAUGGAUACGGGGCAACCGACGCAUCGUCUUACGCGGACACCCGCAAAAGUGCGCACUCGUAUUCAGGGACAGAGAACCCGAGAAGUGCUCCGAGUACCUCUACAUGUUGCAAUGAUACCAGCGAUGUCCGACAUUUAGAAACGCUUUCUCAAUCCUGCACCUCAAUGACGUCACCGAAUCAUGGCGUUUCCUCCGAACAUUCUCACACUGUGACGUCACCAGCACAAACGGGUAGCCCUUCAGGAGUUACGACAGUUUCUCCAAGGGCAUACAGCCACGACAAAUCGCGGCAAAGAAGGGAGAGUGAUACAGUCGCCAAUAGCAGCAGGAAGUUUGAGAGCCUGGUACACGCAACAGAGAGACUCGUAAAGGAAGAACGUCAUAAACUGAACAGCAGCAGGUUGAAUGGUGUAAACACAUCUCAAAAUGAGGUAACAAACACCAAUCACAUGGGUCAGUCCGAGACGAGAAGAAGCGCAAGCUCGUCUGAACAUUCCUCGGUCAGAAAAAACUCUUCUAGUGCAACCGAUAACCGCGAUUCGAGAGACCUUCACGACAUUUCAUACUCGACGCGGACAUCGGACCUCAGCCGUCAUACAUCAACCGACUAUAGCGCUAGAAGUACCAGUCCGAGUCGCCGGGCAUCAUCCCUCCGUAAUGGGCACACUUCACCCCCGUCCAUAAAUGGUACCUCCCGUCUCACUGACUAUUAUUCAGCCACUAAGGACUCGUCCAUGUGCUAUUCAGGGAACACGGCUCUAGCGCGGACGUCGACUUACGCUGCUUAUGGGACGUCCGAGGCUGCAAUAGCGGACCAGUGUCGGGAUCCUAAGGAAUACCCUUACUUUCACAACUCUAGCACUAUGUGUGAUCGGACAGGCUUAGGUUGGUAUGCAAAUGGCACACAUCUCAAGGAUCUGCACAAUGCGUAUGCCUACUGAGAGGAUAGUUUUCACUUUAAAUUCUGAACAAAGGUUGAAUUUUUAUCCUGAAUAUUGGGCAUUCAAUAUAUUUAUGACAUGUUCUUACUUUUGUCAGUUGUUAUGAAUGUUGUAACAAUGGGUUUCAUGAUAUCUGUAUUGUCGUUUUCCCGGGGUUUUCAAGACUGUUCAGUUAUCUUCAACUAGUUAGAAACACCCCUCUACACUCCCUAAACCAAACAUUUCGGUUAAAUCAUUCGCACUGCCAUCAAUGUUAUCAGGGCCUACAUAUUAUAUAGCCGGAGUCAUUUUUGUUUCAUUAGCAGCUUGGAAAGAGGUCACAAACAAUCAGACUUUAAUUAUUUAUUGCUUUGCCUCACUCUUUAUGAAGGCAAAAAAUAGAACUGAAUAAAUGCUGUGAUUCUAACCCACAACUCCAACGUUGUACUACGCUGUCCUUACCGAUUGAGCUAACGAUUGAGUUUUCAUCGUUGCACUUAAUGCUCUAAAAUGAUCCGAGGUUAAAACGACGCUUGGUGAUUAUUCGUUAAAAAAAAUAUUAUAAAGGGUAAUCGUGCCAGGUUACGUUCGGGAUCUUCUGGCCUGCCCCAAAAGAAGUCCAUUAACAUUAUUAUCUUUUUCGAUGAUCCUUUUUGAAAUGUAUUUUCAUUUUAAUGUUUGUGCAUGUGAAGAUCAUUAAUAUUCUGUUUCGGGAUCAAUGAGCAAUACAUUGAUGUCGUAGAAGAAUUUGAUAUACACUUUUCGUGUAUAGUAUAUUAUCGGCGUCUUCUUGUCAUGGGCAAGAGGUAUUCUCAUGUUACAAUUCACGGGAACGCUAAAAUUAUCUUAACAGGGUUUACAGAUGCAAAAAUUAUACUGAUAUUGCCGAUGUAGUGAUGGGCUAUUAAUACAGAUAGCAAAGUGUAAGAUAAAUAAUUGUUUAAAGGAAUUUUUAUUGAAUUUUGCGUCUUUUGUCAGAUAAAAAAUGCAAGAAAAACAUUCACAUCCGAACUGAAAUAAUUAUUGUGUAUUGUGUAAGACUGUUUUGCGAAUUUUUAAUUUCAGUCAAGUUUUUCUUUUUGUGCGUAGCUUGUUUUUAAAAUGUUAAUAUUCUAAGGUGGAAACCAGUUGCAAUCCUGUGUACAGUUUUAAACUUGUAGAUGUAUGUUAGAAAGAAAGCCAGUAUAUUUGAUGAAAAUACUCGUUUAAUAUUUACUUUAAUUAUUGCAUGAAAUAAAGAGAUGUGUCUUUAAAAUGUCUGCAUGAUAACACCAUUAAAAUUGAUUGUUCCUGAAUGGAAUUGAACGAA